AUGUUCAUCCAUUUGGACAUUUAUUAUUAUAUUUUCAUUUUGAUGGUUCACAUGAAAUCCUGCUGCAGUUGGUCAGUGAAUAAUUUCCUGAUGACUGGUCCAAAAGCUUACCUGAUCUAUUCCAGUAGCGUAGCUGCAGGCGCUCAGAGUGGGAUUGAAGAAUGCAAGUAUCAGUUUGCGUGGGAGCGCUGGAACUGUCCAGAACGAGCCCUUCAGCUUUCCACCCACAGUGGACUCAGGAGUGCAACCCGGGAGACAGCUUUUGUUCAUGCCAUCAGUUCUGCUGGGGUUAUGUACACUCUCACAAGGAACUGCAGCCUGGGUGACUUUGAUAAUUGUGGCUGUGAUGACACCAGGAAUGGUCAACGAGGUGGUCAAGGCUGGCUGUGGGGAGGCUGCAGUGAUAAUGUUGGCUUUGGAGAGGCCAUCUCCAAACAGUUUGUGGAUGCGUUAGAAACUGGGCAAGAUGCACGUGCUGCCAUGAACCUGCACAACAAUGAAGCUGGGCGCAAGGCUGUGAAAGGGACCAUGCAAAGGACGUGUAAAUGCCAUGGUGUAUCUGGCAGCUGCACCACUCAAACCUGCUGGCUUCAGUUGCCUGAGUUUCGAGAAGUAGGCAACUACCUGAAAGAGAAGUACCACCGUGCCAUUAAGGUGGACCUCCUGCGUGGUGCAGGCAACAGUGCGGCCAGUCGCGGGGCUGUUGCUGAGACCUUCAGCUCCAUCUCCCGUAAGGAGCUGGUGCACCUGGAGGAUUCUCCUGAUUACUGUGUGGAGAACCGUACGCUCGGCCUUCCAGGCACCGAAGGCCGUGAGUGCUUAAAAAAGGGCAAGAAUCUGAGUAAGUGGGAGAAGCGUAGCUGCAAGCGGCUAUGCAGUGACUGUGGCCUGGCUGUAGAGGAACGCAGGGCAGAGACUGUAUCCAGCUGCAACUGCAAGUUCCACUGGUGUUGUGCGGUAAAAUGUGAGCAGUGCCGCAAGACUGUCACAAAGUACUACUGUGUGAGAGCCAAGCAGGUUAAGAAUGAUAGUGCAAGUCGAAGAAAAAGUCUUCGCUUAAAGAAGAAGCACUAA